AUGUUCACUAAGAAGUCUCUCGCUGUCUUCAUUGGAGCUUUGGCUCUGGCUGCGGCCGAGACCACCACGGUCGAAUACCCCACUGAUGCGGAGGUCGAGGAGGCCGCUUCUACGGUGGUGCCCUUGUCUCCUACUUCCAACGUCCGGGGUCUGGCCUUUGACCGCUUCGUACAGGUCUGGAUCGAGAACACAAACUUCCAGACCACUGCCGACGAUGCGAACUUUGCCAAGCUCGCAAAGGAGGGCAUUCUGUUGACCAACUACUAUGCCACCACUCACCCCUCGGAGCCUAACUACUGUGCUUCCGCCGCCGGUGAUAACUUCGGCAUGGAUAACGACAACUGGCAUCAGAUCCCCGCCGAUAUCUCCACCAUUGCCGAUCUCUUCGACUCCCGCGGUGUCUCCUGGGGCGAGUACAUGCAGGACAUGCCCUACGCCGGCUACCAGGGCUUCGUCUGGCCCGAUUCGGGAGCCAACGAAUACGUGCGCAAGCACAACCCCCUCGUGCUCUUCGACUCCGUCACCAACUCCGACGAGCGCCCCCGCCAAAUCAAGAACUUCACCGGCUUCUAUGAAGACCUGAAGAAGGAGCGUCUGCCUCAGUACAUGUUCAUUACCCCCAACAUGACCAAUGAUGCCCACAACAGCAACAUCGAGGUUGCUGGCAACUUCCUUGCGGACUUCAUCCCCCCCCCUCCUGGAGAACGAGACACCCUGAUGCUCGUUACCUUUGACGAGACCGACACCUACGACAUCCCCAACCGCGUAUACAGCUUCCUCGUCGGCGGUGCCAUCCCCGAGCACCUGAAGGGAACCACCGACGACACCUUCUACACCCACUACUCCACCAUCGCUUCCCUCUCCGCGAACUGGGGUCUUCCCUCCCUCGGUCGCUGGGACUGCGGUGCUAACCUGCUUAAGCUCGUUGCUGAGAAGACUGGCUACGUUAACUGGGAAGUUGACGUCAGCAACCUUUUCAUCAACCAGACCUACCCCGGCCCUCUGUCCGAUGGCACUUACUCCACCUACAAGGCUGAGUGGCCCAUUCCCGCUACUAGCGGCGCUUGCUCUGCUGGCCACGGCAUACUGGAUACCGUCAAGCGGACUUACUUCGGCAAGGAGCCUAGUCACGACUACUCCAGCCCCGUUCCCUUCGACCGUGCUAGCGGUAUCAAUGUCGGUGUUAAGUACAGCCGUACUGAGUACGGCUUUACCGAGACUCGCAUCACCGAGUAA